AUGUCCAAAGCACUUUUAAUUCCUGAAAUUAUUGAAAACUUUUUUAUUGCGGCUUAUCCGGAUGCUAUCACACAACGGUCGAUGGUACUCGUGAACCGUUUCUGGUGUUCAAUUGGCUUGAAACAUUUGUGGAAAGCACCAUUUGCAUCAUACUUAUAUGAUGAGAAAAAACCACCUAAUCAUAAAAUGAUUAUUUCGGUGUACAUUUCUUUACUUGAUUCAGAAUCGAUUUCAACUAUUGCAAAAAGAUUAUCAACAGCAAUAUCAACUUGCCAAAAAUCGACAUACAAUUAUUCUACUUUCUUAGAAGAGCUUGAUAUUGAUAAUUUACGUGAAUUAGUUGAGAAUUGGCUUUUGAAUUUUGCUGAAGAUUGGUUACCAAAUUUCUUCCCUUAUGAAGAAUUUGAAGAUUUAUUUGAUGAACUUACCAUGUUGUUAUUAACACAAAUUUGCAAACUUUUCUUAACUAAUUCUAAAAAAAUUACGCUUCUUUCCAUAAAACGACCUGAAUUUUUGGUCGAUAUUU